UGUUUUUUUUCGCGAUGUACCUGAACGUACCAUACAUGUGUGCUCACUUGCUAGCUCGCUUGAAUCGCGUACAUUGACAUCGGCGGGACAUAAGAUAUCAAGGCAAGAUGGCAGAGACUGAUGUUGAUAAUGAACUUCUGGACUAUGAAGAGGACGAGGAGCCCCAAGGAGCCCCCGAGAGUGCGACCCCAGUGAACAAGAAGGAAGUGAAGGGGUCCUAUGUGUCCAUCCACAGCUCAGGCUUCAGAGAUUUUCUCCUUAAACCAGAGCUGCUCCGUGCCAUUGUGGACUGUGGUUUUGAACAUCCCUCUGAAGUCCAACAUGAGUGUAUUCCUCAAGCUAUCCUCGGCAUGGACAUCCUGUGUCAGGCCAAGUCUGGUAUGGGAAAGACAGCGGUGUUUGUACUGGCCACCCUGCAGCAGAUUGAACCUGUGGAUGGUCAGGUGUCUGUCCUCGUUAUGUGCCACACACGAGAGUUGGCCUUCCAGAUCAGCAAAGAGUACGAGCGCUUCUCCAAGUACAUGCCCACCGUCAAGGUGUCGGUGUUCUUCGGCGGCCUGGCCAUCAAGAAGGACGAGGAGGUCCUGAAGAAGAACUGCCCUCACAUUGUCGUCGGAACUCCCGGACGUACUCUGGCCCUCAUCCGCAACAAGACCCUCAGCGUGAAGAACAUCAAACACUUUGUGCUCGACGAGUGCGAUAAGAUGCUGGAGCAGCUGGACAUGAGGCGUGACGUCCAGGAAAUCUUCAGGCUGACACCUCAUGAGAAGCAGGUCAUGAUGUUCAGCGCCACGCUAAGCAAGGAGAUCCGUCCCGUCUGCCGCAAGUUCAUGCAGGAUCCCAUGGAGGUGUUCGUGGAUGACGAGACCAAGCUGACACUUCAUGGCUUACAGCAGUAUUACUGCAAGUUGAAGGACAGCGAGAAGAACCGAAAGCUUUUUGACCUGCUCGAUGUGCUCGAGUUUAACCAGGUGGUGAUCUUCGUGAAGUCAGUGCAUCGCUGCGUGGCUCUGUCCCAGCUGCUGGUGGAGCAGAACUUCCCCGCUAUCGCCAUCCACAGGGGAAUGGCUCAGGAGGAGAGGUUAUCCCGGUACCAGCAGUUCAAAGACUUCCAGCGGCGGAUCCUGGUGGCAACCAACCUGUUCGGCCGUGGCAUGGAUAUCGAGCGAGUCAACAUCGUCUUCAACUACGACAUGCCGGAGGAUUCUGACACAUACCUUCACAGAGUGGCCCGUGCUGGCAGGUUUGGGACCAAAGGCCUGGCUGUCACCUUUGUGUCAGACGAGACCGACGCCAAGACCCUGAAUGAGGUCCAAGACCGCUUCGAGGUCAACGUAGCAGAGCUACCAGAGGAGAUUGAUAUCUCCUCCUACAUUGAACAGUCCAGAUGAGCCUGAAGUUUCUCUCCAGAGAAGAUCGUGUGUGACACUUGGUGUUGCUGUAUUUUGGUGGAGGAAAAAAAAAAAAAAUCAUUUAUUCAGAAGUUCCCCUCCCAUGAUAUAUGUUGGCAAGUUCAUAAUGAUAACACGUUUUUUUUUGUUUUUGUUUUUUUUUAAUUUUAUCAUGUCUUUUGGGGUGCUUGUUUUAGUGUUUUUCUUGUUAAAACCAUGGAUAUAUUGUUUUGGUUGAAGAAAUAAACUUUUUAUACCUUA